CUCGAUCCAACCUCAUCCACACAUAUUACCAAGUAACCUUUGGAACCCUUUGGAGAUGAAAUUAGGACUUUUGGAUCUCGCAACCAGAGGUCCCAGUGUACACCCGUACGUGAUGAUGAUGGCAUCAGAUGGGAUACAGGAGAGCACCCGGGUGACCAUCAACAUCCUGGUGAUUGAUGCCAACGACAACACGCCCACCUUUGGCGAAGUCUCUGACACCGUCGAGGUGUUCACUGACAUGCAGCCAGGAAAAACAGUACUGCAGCUAAAAGCAUUGGAUGCUGAUGAUGGGUUAAAUGGUCUGGUGACCUAUGAGAUACUUGCCGGAGCACAAGGGGAUUUCAUCAUCAAUAACCGCACUGGACAAAUCACCAUAGCACCCAGGACAGCUCUUAGCAUGGGUCAUUCUUAUGCCCUCACAGUGAAGGCUGCCGACAAUGCACCAGAUAUCCAGAGAAGGAGUUCUAUCACCACUGUGUACAUCAAGGUGCUGCCCCCCAACAAUCAGAGCCCCCCACGCUUCCCCCUCUUCACCUAUGACCUAGAGGUCAGCGAGGCCAUGAGGAUAGGAGCUAUCCUGCUCAACCUACAGGCCACAGACAGAGAAAAUGACUCAAUCACGUACCAGAUUUUGAGUGGGGAUAUUCAGCAAGUCUUCAACCUCUCUAAAACGAUAGGCCUCCUGCUUCUGGGAAAGCCUCUGGACAGGGAGACCACUGACCAGUAUCGUCUCAUUGUCACUGCCUCUGAUGGCAACCUAGGAGGGACCGCCACCACCACAGUGAACAUAGUGGUGACUGAUGUCAACGAUAACAACCCUAAGUUUGAUCUGACCCUACCCAGAAACCUCACUGUCCAGGAGGAGGAGGCAAACAUGUUUGUUGGUCAAGUCACGGUCACAGAUCCAGAUGCAGGGGCUAACGGUCUGGUGCGCUACAGGAUAGUCAACCACCCAGGUUUCUUCACCAUCAACGAGAACGGCAGCAUAUUCACCGCAGUGCCUCUGGAUCGGGAGCUCAGGAGUCAGUAUGACCUGAUAGUGGAGGCCUCUGAUGUGGCGGUGGACCCCCGCAGGACCACCUUCACCCUCUCUGUCCUUGUGAUAGACAUCGAUGACAACAGCCCAGAGUUCUCCCAGAAGACCUAUGUUGUCAACGUCCCAGAGAACAGCCCUGUGGACACUGUGCUGCUGCGUUUCAGUGCGGUGGAUGCAGACCUGUUCUCUAACGUAACGUACCGUAUCAAGUCUGCGGAGGACAUGAAGCUGUUCUCAGUGAACCCGAUCUCAGGCGAGCUGUCAGUCCUGCAGACCCUGGACUUUGAGGACAUGGCUAGUAUGGGUAUGGGGGCCAACUAUACCUUCCAGGUGGAGGCCGUCGACCAGGCUGGGACCAUGCCCCCCGGUGAGGCCACCGUCACAAUUCGGAUCACGGAUAUGAAUGAUUUCCCGCCAGUGUUUAGCCAAGCUCUGUACAAGGGCCUGGUGGCCCCCAAUGCAGAAAAGGGAACAGUCAUCACCACUGUGUUCGCUGAGGACCAAGACCUCCUAUGUAUCUGUGGUACUCCGGCCAGUCUGGUGCGUUACAGAGUGGAAGAUGACCAAUCACCUUACAGCGGUAGCAUCUUUGAUGUCGAGGAGGAGUCUGGGAGGAUAAUCACCAAGGUCAACCUCAAUGAACAACCCAGUGUCACCUUCAAGUUGGUGGUGAUAGCCUUUGACGAUGGAGAGCUAGUGAAGGAGAACCGGACCCUGGUGGAGAUCACUGUUAUCCAGCCCUCCAGGAUCCCCAUCUUCACUGAAGUGGAGUACAGGUUUGCUGCUGUCAGUGAGCUGUCCCCAGUAGGCAGACCGGUGGGCAGCAUCCUGGCAGCCGCCAUCAACCAGACCAUCUUCUACUCCAUCGUGGGAGGAAACGAAGGUGGUGAAUUCCAAGUGAAUAACCGGACAGGUGUGAUCUCCACGGCUAAGCUUCUGGAUUAUGAGACUGUUACCAGCUACGUGCUCAGGGUCCAGGCUGACUCCAUGGCUGUGGUCAAGGCCCAACUGCGGGUUCCCUCCAAAACCAACUCAGCCAAGGUAUAUAUCGAGGUGCAUGAUGAGAACGACCACCCGCCUGUCUUCACCAGAAAGUUCUACAUCGGUGGUGUGGCUGAAGACACCAACACCUUCUCCUCUGUGCUGAAGAUAAAAGCCACUGAUGCAGAUACAGGGAACUACAGUGCCAAUGCGUACCGGCUGAUCAUCCCGCCCACGGCAGACGGUCGAGACAGCUUUGUGAUCGAGCAGUACACGGGUAUCAUCAAGACGGCCAUCAUGUACCGCAACAUGCGCAGGUCCUACUUCAAGUUUGAGGUCAUUGCCACCGACAACUACGGCGAGGGUCUGAGCAGCAGCGCUGAUGUGGUGGUGUCUGUGGUCAACCAACUGGAUAUGCAGGUGGUGGUGUCCAAUGUCCCGCCCACCGUUGUGGAGGAGAAUAAAGAGCAGCUUAUUGCUAUUAUGGAGCGAUACGUCCAAGACCAGAUCCCAGGGGCCAAGGUGGUGGUGGAGUCCAUCGGGCCGCAGCUGUUCGGAGACGGCUUUGACCAGAAGGACUACACCAAGUCAGACCUGAUGGUGUAUGCCAUUGACCCACUGACCAACAGGGCCAUAUCACGCCAGGAGCUCUUUAAGUCUCUGGACGAGAAGCUGGUGGACAUCAACAAGGAGUUCCAGCCCUACCUGGGUCAGAGAGGACACAUCUUGGAGAUCCGCACUACCGACAUCAUGGCCAGAGUGAAAAAGCCUGCCCAGGCCGUGGGCUACACAGAGGGGGCACUGCUUGCCCUCGCCAUCAUCAUCAUCCUCUGCUGCAUCCCUGCCAUCGUAAUCGUCAUGGUUACCUACAAACAGAGACAGGCGGAAUGUGCCAAAACUGCCAGGAUUCAGCAGGCUCUACCAGCGGGAAAGUCUGCUGCUCAACGUGCCUCGACAGCCAAUUUCUAUGAGGAACUGGGGGACAGCAGCAUGCGAGGAUACGGCAUACAGCAACAGCAACUGCCAAGGACAUCCCUGCAGAGACCUGAGGAGCUGUCCAUGGAGUCAGGCAUCGACCCAGGCCAAGACUACUACAGGGAUGACUACUAUAAUUACGACAAAGGGUAUGACCUUCCUCCGUAUGGCAAUCACAGGAAGCUUAUCUCUCCCAUGUACUAUGAGCAUGGAGAGCUGUUUAUGGAGGAUGACUACUACAGCCCCCAUGGGUCUGAGCCUGGGGUGAGGAUGAAGCGGCUCAAGCUGGUGGUGGAAAGCUCCACGGGAGAGGACAGCGCUCCUGAACCCCAGAGGAACUGCCUGUCUAAUGUCAAUCGCCACGCUAACAUCAAUGGGAACGUCUACCUCUCUCAGAAUGGGACCAUUGUGCGGACCAGGAGGCCCGUGCACCCCAACAAUCUCACGGUGGGCUCCCCUGGCCACCUGGUCAAACAGUUUAAAAAUCUGGAAAUGCUGACUGAGACUCAGGAUAAGCUUCAUCUAAACAGCAUGCGGGAGCCGGUAACAGGAAAUUGUAUUGGUACACUUACGGGCAUUACCUCCACCGUUGACAUUAAACUCAGUCCUCCAGCGGGUCCCUGGGGUUCAGCAUCAUGCGCCUUGACAGAAUUGGGUCCAAAUCCAACAUUGCCAAGGCACUACAUGACAGAAUCAGCAGAAGCAACUGUUGUGUAGAUGAGCAGGAGUCGUGUUUCGAAAGAAACGUUGACGUCCCACAGCAACCACACAUUAUCAGAGGAGGAGGAGCUGUGCAUGGGGCCUUGGAACAGCCUGCACAUACCGAUGACUAAAUGAUGACAUAUGGACUGCUGAGUGUUUAUCUUUCUGUUGACAAAGUUGACCAUGUUUUUAAUGUGUUGAGAGAAGAAAAUAUUAUGUCUUUGCUGUUUAAGCAGCAAUCACUGUCCAAGACUAGCAGUAUGAUUGCACUAACGGUAUUAUUGCACUAUUGUUAUGAAAUUGAUAUUAAUGAGUUUUGAUAUGCUGAUGUUUCAUGUGUCUAAUACAUAUCCCUGAUAUGACUAUUAUACAGAUCAGUGAAAUUGCUGUGAAGCAAUGCUUGCCUUGAAACAUUUAUGACAAGUAACAAAUGUUGAUUGGUAUUAUCCCUAAAAAUGACCUUGUAGGCCUUUGUCACGCUGGAUGUUGCAUAAUAUGUUUUAUAAGUAUUUUCUUGACUUGGAUGUGAAUGAUGUCUGGAGCCGAGAUACUUGAUAAUAUAGAUACAUAUAAUUAUAAUAAUUAAGAAAUUAUAUGUAUUUUACUAAGAUGGUAUUUUAUUUGCAAAUAAUUCAAUAUUAUUGUUGAUGAUUUUAUGUUUUAAUUAUAUUUAAAAAUUAUCUUACCAGAGUUAAUUCAAUUAUUUUUGUCAUUUUAUAUCGAUCAGAGUAAGGAGAGAGAUUUUACUGCCUGUAACCUAUGACAUAGAAGUAAUGCAUACAUGUUUGUCAAUACCUCAACAAAAAAAAAUCAUUAUUUAAACUAUGUUGUUUUUGUCACGUUCUGACCUUAGUUAUUUUAUUAUGUCUUUGUUUUAGUAUGGUCAGGGAGUGAGUUGGGUGGGUUGUCUAUGUUCCGUUUUCUAUGUUGUGUUUGCGUUUGACCUGGUAUGGUUCUCAAUCAGAGGCAGGUGUCGUUAGUUGUCUCUGAUUGAGAAUCAUACUUAGGUAGCCUUUUCCCACUUGUGUUUCGUGGGUGUUUAUUUUCUCUUCUGUGUUUUAUUUCACCGUUCAGGACUGUUCAUUUAUCGUUUUAUUGUUUUUGUUUCAGUGUUCACUAUUUGUAUUAAAAAUCAAGAUGAACACUU